CCGGAGGAACGGAAACCAGUCAACCACGCUGCGUGCGACAUUAACUCCAACAACCUGUGUAACCUGUCCCUCCCUGCAAAGGUGGCCUUUACAAGCGCCUUGUUAUCUCCGCUGCUCGUUAGGGCUUUCCUUUCCACAUCUUCCCCUAGACUGCACCGCACCUGAUCUCGCCUCUUCCUCGCCACCGCCGAUAUGGGUAACACAUCCUCGAUGCUCACACAGUACGAUAUCGAAGAAGUCCAGGAGCACUGUAACAACACAUUUUCGCAGCAGGAGAUAGUUUCUCUGUACCAGCGGUUCUGCCAGCUCGAUCGCAGCGGCGGAGGUUUCAUCUCCGCCGAUGAGUUCUUGUCCGUUCCCGAAUUCGCCGUCAAUCCUCUCUCUCAGAGAUUGCUGAAGAUAUUGGAUGGAUUGAACUUUAAGGAAUUCGUAUUAUUCUUAUCAGCAUUCAGUUCUCGUGCAAGCUUGCAGCAGAAAAUCGAGUUUAUUUUUAAGGUAUAUGAUUCAGACGGCAAUGGGAAAGUCGCAUUCAGCGACAUGUUGGAUGUUUUGCGGGAUUUGACGGGGCAGUUCAUAUCUGAGCAACAGAGGGAGCAAGUAUUGACGCAUGUCCUUGAGGAAUCAGGCUACACAAGGGAUUCAUUGUUAAGCAUAUCGGACUUUGUGAAGACUCUUGGCAACUCUGAUUUGAAGAUGGAGGUCGAGGUUCCCGUGGAUUGAAAUGAGAUUGACGAAUCUCGGAGCUAGGUUUCUCGGGGUCAAAAGCAGUGGCACAACAAGCUCUCUUAUCUAUUGCAUGGCUUUGAGCCUUCGAGGAACAAGAAUUAUGGAGUAGAUCAGAUGGAAACGAUUUGUCGCCAGUUCUGCUUGUUAUAACGUAAUUUAUAGACAGCUUCGGUUCAUAUACGAGUGUUAUCAGCUUCGCUCAUUGGAGUAUUUGGUUCUUGCGAGUAUCUAAGAAUACCAGGGCUAACGAUCAUGUCAGUGUGUUAUCUUUUUCCAGAUGCAUCUUGCAAUCCACCAUUCAUUAUAACUAGCUAAGCGUGCUCAUACUCUUCACCUACAUCCGUCGUUGAUUUAAAUUUGUGUUUGACAUUA